GAGAGUAAGCGCCGUCAACAUCGCGACCCAGCCAUGGCGGGGAAUUUCUGGCAGAGCGCCCAUUACCAGCAAUGGAUCCUGGACGGCCAAGACUUGAUCCAGGAGCGCCGCCCGGACCUGGAGGUGCUGUCCGAGGAGGAGUACCAGAAAAUCAUGAUAUUCUUCACUAAUUUCAUCCAGCAGCUCGGCGAGACCCUAAAGCUCCGCCAGCAGGUCAUCGCCACGGCCACCACCUUUCUCAAGCGCUUCUACGCCCGCAACUCCCUCCGCUGCAUCGACCCGCUCCUUCUCGCCCCAACCAGCGUGUUCCUCUCGUCUAAAGUGGAGGAAUUUGGUGUCAUCUCAAACAGCAGACUCAUAUCAACGUGUCAGACUGUGGUGAAGAACAAGUUUUCAUACGCCUACAGCUCCGAGUUCCCUUACCGCACCAACCACAUCCUGGAGUGUGAGUUCUACCUCCUGGAGAGCAUGGACUGCUGCCUCAUUGUCUACCAGCCCUACCGGCCGCUGGUUCAAUACAUGCAGGACCUGGGUGGGGAGGGUGAGGUCCUACAGCUGGCCUGGCGCAUAGUGAAUGACUCCCUCAGGACUGACGUGUGCCUGCUCUUCCCUCCCUACGAGAUAGCCCUGGCCUGCAUCCACAUGGCCUGCGUGGUCCACCAGAAGGAUUGCAAGCAGUGGUUCGCGGAGCUCAACACGGAUCUGGACCGCAUCAUGGAGAUCACGCGCUACAUCCUCAACCUGUACGACCUCUGGAAGUCCUACGAUGAGCGCGCGGAGGUCCAAGCGCUGCUGCAGAAGAUGCCCAAGCCUAACACACAGCCGGGGGGGCCGCGGUGAUCGGAGCCCAGCCUCUACCGCGGGUGUGACGGGGCGGUUGUCGGGGAGCUGCCGGGGCCAAUGUGCGGUUCCCAGCCUCCCCCGCCCCACCAGCAGUGUUACUCUGUUGCUGCUGCCGCCGCCGCCGCCGCCGCCGCUGCUGUGAUGUCUGAGCAGGAUGGGAACUAAGGGGGGGGACGGCCGAGGGUAAUGUGUGGAGAAACGACUUUUUUACUUGUUUCGAUUUUUUUUGUGUGUGUGGGGGGGGGGGGGGUGUAUAUAUUUAUUUUUUCAAUAUUUUUAUUUUUUAUUUUUUAUUUUUUCGAUAUUUUUUUUUUCCGAUAUCGUUAAGUGAAUAGCGUGAAGAUUCCAGGCACAUAAUGCAAAGGAUAAAUUCUGUGUGUGUUCUCAUGUAAGGCAGUAGGCUAACACACACACACACACACACAAACACACACACGGCCCGGUAGCUCAGUGGAUAGAACAUCUGCCUCACAACCAGAAGGACCGGGGUUCAAUUCCCCGGCCGGGUGAAGAUAAGUUGGGUUUAUCUUCUUUCACGUGUAGCCCCUGUUCACCCAGCAGUGAGCAGGUACGCGACGUCAGGCAAGGAGUUGUGACCUCGUUGUCGCGGUGUGUUGUGUGUGAGUGGUCUCAGUCCUGCCCAAAGAUCGGUACUACAAGCUCUGUGCUCUUCUGUAGGGGAACGGCUGGCUGUCUCGAGAGUGACCCGCAGCAGACCAAGAGGUGAAUUACACACACACACACACACACACACACACACACACACACACACACACACAUACAUACAUACAUACAUACAUACAUACUACUCAAAUGAAAUACUGUGGCCCAUUGCAUGUGUGUGUGUGUGUGUGUGUGUGUGUGUGUGUUUAGGGUGAUGAAGUUUGUAACUGAUUCAUAACUCACAUUUUUUAAACUCUAGACAUUACGACCGACCAUUCAUGUAAGGUGUGCGUGUGUGUGUGUGUGUGUGUGUGUGUGUGUGUGUGUGUGUGUGUGACUGAGUCUGUAGCACAUUUUUUAAACUAUACGUAACGACAGAUCAUUCUCGUAAGGAAGGACGCAAGGCAGAACAUUUUUAACCUCGUGACGGACAUCUGUACUCGACGUUUUAAGCCAAGUAAUAAUCAGUAUAAUAAUAAUAGUAACUUCAUUUCACUGUAUAUAUAAAAAAGAAAACAAAAGAAAAGAAAUUAAAGUGUUAGAGAGACUCAAUAACUGCCCAAGAAUGUCAUUACGGCAAAACCUGAACUGGCGAUUAUGAGGCAGUUUUAACCUUCAUUGUACAGUGACUUAAUUUUGCUGUAUAUAUGUAACAGGUUUCAUUCUAACAGAUGGUUUUGUAGCUGUACUUUAUAAGCGUCCAGUUCCGUAUUUUUUAGAUAAAUCUGAAUGUUAUGUAUGAUUUGUAAAUGUCGUCCUUUUCCAAACUUUUUGUGAAGAGAAAAGUUGAAUUUUUUAAAGUACUUUUGAAAUAUUUUUUUGAAAACAUUCAAAAAAUAUAUCAAAUUAAAAUAAAGUAUUUUUGCUUUGACCAAAACCUGGAAAAAGAGUUGACAAACAUGA